AUGUUUCCUCCCAAUAACACCCAAUUUCAUCCCUCAUUUUUCUUGCUGUUGGGAAUCCCAGGAAUGGAAACAUUCCAUAUCUGCAUUGGCUUUCCCUUUUCUGCUGUUUAUUUGAUUGCACUAUUAGGGAACUUCACCAUUCUGUUUGUGAUCCAGGCUGAGAACAGCUUGCACCAACCCAUGUUCUAUUUUCUGGCCAUGUUGGCCACCAUUGACUUAGGUUUAUCCACAGCAACCAUUCCUAAGAUGCUUGGUAUCUUCUGGUUCAACCUUAGAGAGAUAAUCUUUGAUGCGUGCCUCACCCAGAUGUUUUUCAUCCACAACUUCACAGUUAUGGAAUCAUCAGUACUCUUGGCAAUGGCUUAUGACCGCUAUGUGGCCAUCUGCAACCCACUCCGAUAUAGCACCAUCCUCACUAACAAGGUUGUUUCUAUGAUUGGUCUUGUUGUAUUAGUGAGGUCAUUUAUUUUUGUGUUUCCAUUUAUAUUUCUCAUAAUACGACUGCCCUUCUGUGGAAAUAAUAUCAUCCCUCAUACCUAUUGUGAACACAUGGGUCUUGCUCGCUUAUCUUGUGCCAAUAUCAAGGUCAAUAUUAUUUAUGGCUUAUGUGCCAUUGGUAACCUAGUGUUUGAUAUAAUAGCCAUUGCUAUUUCUUAUGUCCAGAUACUCCAUACUGUUUUCCAUCUACCUUCACGGGAAGCCCGACUUAAGUCUCUUAGCACAUGUGGUUCACAUGUGUUUGUAAUUCUGUCCUUCUACACACCAGCCCUCUUCUCCUUUAUGACACAUCGCUUUGGCUGUAAUGUCCCCCGCUAUGUCCAUAUACUACUGGCCAAUCUCUAUGUCAUAGUGCCACCAAUGCUCAACCCUGUUGUCUAUGGAGUCAGAACCAAGCAGAUCUAUGAUCGUGUGAAGAAAAUGUUAUUGCAGAAAUAA